GGCUUUCCCGCUUCCUUUCCUCCCCCACGUCUCAGCCUCGCGGCGCUGAGGGGGCCCGCCCGGCUCUUGCUCGGUUUCCGCGCGUGUGGGUUUAGAGACCGAGCUGUUCGUCCUCCCAGCUCUUGGGUUCGGGACCGGGAGAGAGGCCGGGUGGAUCCGGAGGAGCUGCGAGUUGCAAGUGGGCGAAGAGGAAGGAGUGGGUUUAUGAAAACAAGUGUGGGAAUUCUAGAGGACCCGAGUGUGUCCAGGAAGAGCUUCCGGUAGACAGGUUUGAUCUGUGGAUGAAAUGAAUCAUGAUUUUCAAGCUCUUGCAUUAGAAUCUCGGGGAAUGGGAGAGAUGCAGAAAAAGAGUCCAGUCACUCCUCUGGGCCACAAGAGGGCACCCUGCAGCUAGCUAACCCUCCCCUUCUUCAGAACAGCGUUUUCCAAAGAGUUUGUCAUUUUCAGAGGACUGAUUUAAGGGCAGCAGGGAACCUUCUGGGAUUUCCUUCUUUGCCUAUCUCUCUCUCACCAGUCUUCUCCUCCUUUCCUGACAGCUUUUGCCUACCAAAAAAUUUUGGGAACCUGAUGAUUCAACAAAAGAUGGACAAAAAGGCAUAUUUCUUGGGGAUGAUGAAUGGAGAGAGACUGCAUGGGGAACUUCUCACCAUUCAAUGUCCCAGCCUAUUAUGGUACAGAGAAGAUCUGGACAGGGUUUUCAUGGAAACAGUGAAGUAAAUGCGAUACUGUCUCCGCGAUCAGAAAGUGGAGGCCUUGGUGUGAGCAUGGUAGAAUAUGUAUUAAGUUCUUCUCCUGCUGAUAAAUUGGAUUCUCGAUUUAGGAAGGGAACUUUUGGCACUAGAGAUGCUGAAACAGAUGGACCUGAGAAAGGAGAUCAAAAAGGCAAGGCUUCUCCAUUUGAGGAGGACCAAAACAGAGAUCUUAAACAAGGAGAUGAUGAUGAUUCUAAAAUAAAUGGCAGAGGUUUGCCAAAUGGAAUGGAUGCCGAUUGCAAAGAUUUUAAUCGUACUCCUGGAAGUCGUCAAGCCUCUCCAACUGAAGUAGUUGAACGCCUGGGCCCCAACACUAAUCCCCCAGAAGGAUUGGGACCUCUUCCUAAUCCUACAGCUAAUAAACCACUUGUUGAAGAAUUUUCAAAUCCUGAAACUCAGAAUCUGGAUGCCAUGGAACAAGUUGGUCUGGAUUCCUUACAGUUUGACUAUCCUGGUAAUCAGGUACCAAUGGACUCUUCAGGAGCUACUGUAGGCCUUUUUGACUACAAUUCCCAGCAGCAGCUCUUUCAGAGGACUAAUGCGCUAACAGUUCAGCAGUUAACUGCAGCUCAGCAGCAGCAAUAUGCAUUAGCCACAGCUCAGCAGCCACAUAUAGCUGGUGUAUUCUCAGCAGGCCUUGCUCCAGCUGCAUUUGUGCCAAAUCCAUAUAUUAUUAGUGCUGCUCCUCCAGGAACUGAUCCAUAUACUGCAGCAGGAUUGGCUGCAGCAGCAACAUUAGCAGGUCCGGCAGUGGUUCCACCUCAGUAUUAUGGUGUUCCAUGGGGGGUGUAUCCAGCCAAUUUAUUUCAGCAGCAAGCUGCAGCUGCGGCAAACAACACAGCAAAUCAGCAAGCAGCUUCACAAGCUCAGCCUGGACAGCAACAGGUUCUCCGUGCUGGAGCAGGUCAGCGCCCUCUUACUCCCAAUCAGGGCCAGCAAGGGCAGCAAGCUGAAUCACUUGCAGCAGCAAAUCCAACUUUGGCUUUUGGUCAGGGUCUUGCUACUGGCAUGCCAGGCUAUCAAGUACUAGCUCCAACUGCCUAUUAUGAUCAGACUGGUGCCUUAGUGGUUGGCCCUGGAGCAAGAACUGGCCUUGGAGCUCCAGUUCGAUUAAUGGCUCCAACACCUGUUUUAAUUAGUUCAGCAGCAGCACAAGCUGCGGCGGCAGCAGCUGGAGGAACUGCAAAUAGUCUAACAGGCAGCACAAAUGGUCUAUUCCGGCCAAUUGGCACUCAGCCACCACCGCAGCAGCAGCAACAGCCAAGCACUAAUCUGCAGUCUAAUUCAUUUUAUGGGAGCACUUCUUUGACUAAUAGCUCCCAGAGCAGUUCUUUAUUUUCUCACGGACCUGGCCAGCCUGGAAGUACAUCUCUUGGCUUUGGAAGCAGUAGCUCUUUGGGUGCUGCUAUAGGCUCAGCCCUCAGUGGAUUUGGUUCAUCAGUUGGCAGUUCUGCAAGUAGUAGUGCCACAAGGAGAGAGUCUCUAUCUACUAGCUCUGACUUGUACAAAAGAUCUAGUAGCAGCCUAGCACCCAUAGGGCAACCAUUUUACAAUAGUCUGGGAUUUUCCUCCUCUCCAAGUCCAAUAGGCAUGCCUCUGCCAAGCCAAACUCCAGGACAUUCACUUACGCCACCGCCAUCACUUUCAUCACAUGGAUCCUCAUCCAGUUUGCAUUUAGGAUUAUAUUUGUCAUGUCCUGUCAUUUUCUUCAUAGGAGGACUGACAAAUGGUAGUGGUCGAUAUAUCUCUGCAGCACCUGGAGCAGAAGCAAAAUAUCGAAGUGCUUCAAGCACUUCCAGUCUAUUUAGCUCCAGCAGCCAGCUCUUUCCUCCUUCUCGGCUUCGGUAUAAUAGGUCUGAUAUUAUGCCUUCUGGCCGAAGUAGAUUAUUGGAAGAUUUCAGAAACAACCGCUUCCCAAACCUUCAACUUAGAGACUUGAUUGGACAUAUAGUUGAGUUUUCUCAAGACCAGCAUGGUUCUAGAUUCAUACAGCAAAAACUAGAGAGAGCUACUCCAGCUGAGCGACAGAUGGUAUUUAAUGAAAUUCUACAAGCAGCCUAUCAAUUAAUGACAGAUGUUUUUGGCAACUAUGUUAUACAGAAAUUUUUUGAGUUUGGGAGUUUGGAUCAAAAAUUAGCCCUGGCUACUCGUAUUCGUGGUCAUGUUCUACCCUUAGCGCUGCAGAUGUAUGGCUGCCGUGUUAUUCAGAAAGCAUUAGAGUCUAUUUCAUCUGACCAGCAGGUAAUUAGUGAAAUGGUAAAGGAGCUAGAUGGGCAUGUCCUCAAAUGUGUGAAAGAUCAGAAUGGAAACCAUGUUGUACAAAAAUGCAUUGAAUGUGUUCAGCCACAGUCGCUGCAGUUCAUCAUCGAUGCUUUCAAAGGACAAGUGUUUGUACUUUCAACUCAUCCUUACGGCUGCAGAGUGAUCCAGCGCAUCCUAGAGCACUGCACUGCAGAGCAGACCUUACCUAUCUUAGAAGAACUUCACCAACAUACAGAGCAGUUAGUACAGGAUCAGUAUGGCAAUUAUGUUAUUCAGCAUGUGCUGGAACAUGGUCGACCUGAGGACAAGAGCAAGAUUGUUUCUGAAAUCAGAGGAAAGGUCUUAGCCCUGAGUCAACACAAAUUUGCCAGCAAUGUAGUAGAAAAGUGUGUUACUCAUGCUUCCCGUGCUGAGAGAGCUUUACUGAUUGACGAGGUUUGCUGUCAGAAUGAUGGUCCUCACAGUGCCUUAUACACCAUGAUGAAGGACCAGUAUGCCAAUUACGUAGUUCAGAAGAUGAUUGAUAUGGCGGAACCUGCUCAGAGAAAGAUAAUCAUGCACAAGAUUCGACCUCACAUUACUACUUUGCGCAAAUACACAUACGGGAAGCAUAUACUGGCCAAGUUGGAAAAAUAUUAUUUGAAAAAUAGCCCCGAUCUAGGGCCUAUUGGAGGACCACCAAAUGGAAUGCUGUGAAGGAAAAAGAGAAAGAAGAUGAUGUGACCAUGUGAGAAGCACGUUUCUUUUGUGAAUUAUCAAAACACAACUCAACUAUGACUCUUCAGAUUUUUUUUUAAAGAAAACUAUUUAUUGACUUUAUUCAUCCAUUUGUAAAUUUUUUAAGGUUCUUGUGUAUAUUUGGGGGGUGGGAGUGGUGAAUUAUAAAUUAUAUUCAGCCCUGAGAGGAGACCUAUCAGAUUGGAUUGCUGGCAAAGCACAGAAUGCCUGUAUAUGAUGUAACUGUAUCAAAAAAUACUGUCACAUAUUUUGUAAAUUUUUACCUUGUAAAGUCACAAAAAUAGUUUUUAAAGGAAAAAGUACAGUAUUCUUUUAAUAAACUGGCUCGCAGUCUGGUAGGUCUACGGACCCCAUAGCACAACAGGUUUAUAGAGAUGUAUAUAGAAAUAUUAUAGUCCUUAUUUUUUUUUGUCCUUUGUGUGAAGCCUUUUGUAACAGAUUAACAAUCAACUGCAUAAAUAUUAUUAAUAUUUUAAAGAGAAAGUUAAGUUGUAUUUUGGUAAUUCACAAACUAUCAUGCAAAUAAAAACUCUGCACGUAAGAUAAGAAUUAAAUGAUUUCAGAUGAAAAGAACUUGUGUUAAUUUACAGUCGAUGUGGUUUUAAUACAAAUACUGCCCUUAAACGUUUCUGGCAAUGUACAGAAGUAUUGUAUAUACUUAAAUAUGUAAUUGUUGUAAGAGGUAGGAAAACAAAAUCAUGGCAACACUUCCAUUCAAUUAAGUACACUAAACGAAAAGUUAAGUCCCCUUUUUUAACUUUUCAGUUUGGUUUGUGAUGAGAAAGAGUGGAGGUUUAUAUACUGUUUUGCUUAGAGAAUUAUAAGGACAUGUUGAGAAAGUGUUGAGCUUUAUUUUGCUUUUUCAUAGUAGAUUCAGAAAGUAGGAACCAGAUAGAGGUGAAAAGGGGCCACUGAAAAGUGAAUUUGAUAGCUCAGCAUUUAAGCAUGAUUACCUAUUCAGAUAGCUUUUUUGCUUCCUAUAAAUAUAUGCAUUGUGUGUGUAGUAAUAGAUGUAAGUUUACACUUUGAAAGCAAAUCUUAUUUCAAUGUUUAUUAUAAAAGCCUUGCUAAUUUAGUAGUGAUGCUUUCUUUGGUUGUACAGGUGUACAUUUGUAAACCUUUAUGCUGUAAAUGGAAUUUUGUCUUAUCUCUUUGGGAAACAUUUGCAUUUUAGUGUACAUUUAUGUCCCUGCCCUCUGACCUGGCAUAUAGUGUUGUAUAAUGUAAAUUUAUUUCUCCAAAUUGAGAGUGAUUUUUUAAAAAUUUUUUAUCUUUAUAUGGUUUCAGGAGUAUGAACCAGUUUUCUUUUAUUAUUGUGAAAAACAUUUUGUUUUAUAACAUAAUUGUUGACUCUGUUAAUAUGGGCAUACUAGGAUUUGGAUCACUUUCAAGUCAAGAAGUCAGGGUAUUGUGCAUAAUAGAAAGUGUUGGACUGAGAUUUGGUUACCAUGGAGGCCAAUGCUUUUUCCAUCUUAUUAAAUGUGAUGUGACUUUUUUCUUUGUACAGAAGAGUACUGUAUUUUUGAAUAGCCUACUCCCAAGUAAUAGCAAAUCUGUAUGAUAACAUUUUUUUCUCUGGACAUAAGACAUAACAGUAACAUGAUGUACAUUUACAAGCGGCCUUAUGUACAUUUCCCAACAAUCUUUUUAAGGCAAAAUUGUGACCAUAUGUGUAUAAUUAAAAAUCGUUUUUAAUCCUUUGCCUAUGAAAAUAUUUUGGAAAAAAAAACUUGCUUUGUAUAUUCAGUUUCUGAAAGAUAAAGAAAGUGCUUUGUAUUUUGUUGAAGUCAGUAUUUUGUAUAAAACGUUUAUGUUGACCCACUUAUGUUUAGUGCUAAAAACUAAUGAACCAUGCUGUCUCUUUUGAUUGAACAUGUAAGGGAUUUUUUUAUUAGAGGUCUGCAGAAGAAAAGCAAUCUUCUGAGCACAAUAUUGAAUAUAAAGGUUUUUUUCACUUAGCUAUUCAAACCAUGAACCUAAAAAUAAUGGCAUAAAGUUUGGGGUGCCAGGCAUACUGUUCAUGUUUGAAGUUGAGUUAUUCUAGGUUUCUAACCCAACAUUCCAUGUUGAGGCCAUUAAAUCCAGUCACUUGUCACUGUCCCUUCUCUUAGUCCCACUGGUUCAUCAGUGUGUCCCAGUCCCAGUGGCAGCGCUUUUUUCCCUCUGUACAGAGCUGCUGUCUUCUACCCUUUCCAACUUUGUUUUGCCAGCCUCAGAAUGUCUUGGCCCUAUGUCAAACUUUUGUUCCCAGUAUCAGCUCAUGUUUUCAGGAUCCAAGUUGUCCUUGUUGGAGAUUGGUAGUGACUUUCCUGGAUUUGCACAGUUGAAUUCCUGGUUUUCCUUUAUUCUUCUGUUCACACAAGCAAUUAUUUCUGCAAAUUUAGGAAGUCCUAGAGAACAGCACACUGGGAAACUAAACCAUUUUCCUGGGUUCCUGAUGUUCCCACGUGUCCCAAUGUUGACAACCCAAUCUUACCAAUACUUUGGGGCCCUAUUCUAGAAAAAGAACUGUUACUCUAGAAAUUUUAUGGUCUGCCUUUUUGGUGCCCAACCUCUGCGAUUCUAUCUUUUAAUAAGUUGAUAUGGAGUUUUGGUAUAAUCUGAAAGUGACAUUUCAGAAUAAAAAAACUUAAUUAAAGGGCAGAACCAGUUAGGCUUUACUUUUGGGUGUCUCCUUUUGAUAAUGGAUUGUUGCUGGACCAGUUUGUUUAAGUCCUGGCUCUUAUUGGUUCAUAUGAAAUAAUGUUAUCUUCUUUGUAUAUUAUGUAUAAAUUAGAAAAUGAUAAAUGUGUGAAUAACAUUGUAUGAAAUAAACCUGGUCUUGUGUUUUUCUCUAGAUAAAAUACCCCUGUGUACCUCGAUUACGAUUCACAUUGACCAUUCAAAUUUUCUCUGAUUUAUGGAAAACAAAAACAUCACAUGGAUGUUAGUCCGGGGCCACUGAUUAUGCUGAUGGUAUUAACCCUGUCUUUUAAUAGUCAUGAUCUCUGUCUAAUUACAUAGAGUGGUUACACACCUCAUAUUAUGAAACUUUAAGCCUGCUUCUUCAUUGAUAAAAUGAUACUUAUUCAGAGUUGUUUUUGAGGAUUAAAUUAAAUCACAUAUCUUUA